AUGUCUAAUCCAGCUUGGAAAUAUGGUAAAAGAGCAAGUGAGACCAAUAGGAAUAAAGUCACAUGUAUUUUGUGUGGCUUGACGUUUAAUAGCGGAAUUUCUUGCCAUAAACAUCUUCUUGGGAAUAGUACUGAAGUGCAACAAUGUAAGAAAUGUCCAAAUGAGGUGAGACAAGAAAUUAAAGACUAUGUUGAGCGAAAAAAGGACCUGAAAUGCCAAAUGUUAUCUCCUAAACAAGCUACUGAUCUUGAUGAUGAUGAAAUGGAGGAAGGAGAAGCUGCAGUUUCUUCAAGUUAUGUAUCAACGGGUACAAAAGGUCCAAUAGAUACUUACUAUCCGUUGAAGCCAGGAAAUGAAUCGGGAAAAAGUGGUAAAAUUUUGCAGGUUGUGGCCAAGGGAAUUUUGAGGGAUCGUGCUGUUAUGGCCUUUUCAAGGUGGAUGUAUGAUGCAGGGCUGCCUUUUAAUUGUGUCAAUUAUGACACUUUUGCAGACAUGAUCAAGGCCAUAGGCCAAUAUGGUCCGGGGAUGAAGCCACCCACUUAUCACGAGGUUAGUGUCGUUUAUUUAAAUAAAGAAGUGGAAGAAACACAAAAAAUUGUCGAGGAGCAUCGGGUGGAAUGGAACAAGUUCGGAUGUUCCAUUAUGAUGGAUAAAUGGACAGCAAGAACCGGAAAAAUGAUCAUAAAUGUAUUGGUCAAUUUUCCGAGAGCAAGCUUAUUUCUUGAUUCAAUUGAUGCCAGCGACACUGAUUCCAUUGAGAUGUUCUCUUUGUUUAAGAGUACCAUAGAGAAGAUUGGACCAGAGAACGUUGUCCAAGUG